GCUGCUGUGCUGCUGCUACCGUACCGUACUGCCGCCGCUGCUGCUGACUUGACUUGUGGCGCGACUUCGACUUCGACAUCGUCGGGACUUCCUCCCAUAUUUCAUAUUUCAUACCUACAUCCCGGACGUCUGAGCAAAUCCCCGAUUCCGACAACUCUCCUUCGUGCGCAACACGAUAACUGCAGUCAAUCAAUUACUUGCACCAACACAUCAUCAUGGCCAACAUGUCUGCCCCUAUCAAUGCAUCUGCCAUGUACCAUCUACCGCCCCUCCCAGCCUACACUCUCAGGCCCGUAGAGCCGCUCGUCUCCUUCAUCCCCGACUUCUACCUCUCAUUAAUACUCCCAAUUGCCGCAUACUGGGUCUUGUCGAUGUUCUUCCACGUCAUCGACGUCUACGAUAUCUGGCCGCAAUAUCGACUGCACACACCCACCGAGAUUCUGAAGAGAAAUCAUGUAUCACGAUAUGAAGUGGCACGCGACGUCAUUAUACAACAGGUUAUUCAGACCGCAACGGCUUCACUUCUCGCCCUGACCGAGGAUCCGGAUAUGGCUGGGAAACAGGAUUAUGAUAUUGCGCAAUGGGCUGCGAGACUACGAAUUGCACAGAGAGCUCUGCCAAAAUUGUUGGGUUUGAUGGGACUGAAUGCUGCCGCCAUCUCGAAAAAUGUCUCCGGUUCUCAUCCGAUGAUUGCCGGAGUGCUAGCAGGUGGAUACUACCCAUUGACCAUGAGUUUGGAUGCUGCGGGAGGAGCUGCGGUUCCUGCGUUUACUAAUUGGGAGAUGGUGGUCGCAAAGGCCAUUUAUUGGUACAUUGUGCCCAUAUGUCAGUUUGCAUUAGCAAUUGUGAUUGUUGAUACAUGGCAAUACUUCCUUCACCGGGCAAUGCAUGUAAACAAAUGGCUUUAUAGUGAGUUCUUAUCAUCUCUUCCACAAUUACAACCCUAACAUUAUCAGCAACUUUCCACUCUCGUCACCAUCGUCUCUAUGUACCUUACGCCUUUGGCGCCCUCUACAACCACCCAUUUGAGGGCUUCCUCCUCGAUACAGUCGGUGCUUCGCUCGCGUACAAAGUCGCUGGUCUCACAGCUCGUCAAGGUAUUGCCUUCUUCGUAGGCUCAACUUUCAAGACUGUCGACGACCACUGUGGCUACGCAUUCCCUUGGGAUCCUCUACAACAUAUCACUGGCAACAAUGCCGCAUACCAUGAUAUCCAUCAUCAAACGUGGGGCAUCAAGACGAAUUUCUCACAGCCCUUUUUCACUUUCUGGGACCGUAUACUAGGGACCAUUUUUACCGGUGAUACCUCGACAAAAUAUGCGAGGACGAAGAAAGGAGCGGAGUUCCUGAAGGAGGCUGAUGAGGUCAAGGUUCAGUGA